UUUAGAUCAAUGGCUCCGAUUCUUUUGUUCUUGUUUUCUUUACCGUAGAUAUAUGAUCACAGGUGAUUACGAACGAAAUCGACUUACGAAAACAAUCCUUAGCUUGCUGCGGCGAGGCGACGAUCGGAAAAUUCGAAAUGGAAGACGGAGGAGAAGGCAUGAAUGCUGCUGCGGCGGAGCUUGAAAAACUCCAAAUUGAUAUUCUCCGUAGAAUCUCCCUUCUCGAGAGCAAUGUUCUCCCACAGGCUCCGUCGCCUUCUCUACCGGUUGAUGAAAACGAAACUGUGGCUCGCCUCUCCUCCAUUCUCCGUUCCGGCGGCAUUAACGACUUCUGCUUCAAGAGAGUCGCUCGAGAUUACUACGACUGGCCUCUCGAAUCUCGCCGCGACGUUCUCGGCGCUUCCUCAGUUGACCAUCUCUGCAAAAGCAUUGUUCUGGUUAAUACUCAAGCUUCAUCGGACAUUGUGGAUUGCAGUGAUCGAAACAACUCAAAAUACUAUGUGGUCGUGGUUCAGUAUACAGCCAGAUUCAAUGCCGAAGCAGUAAAGCAGUUUCUUUAUUCACUAAAUGAGGGAAAGAUCCCAAAGAAAAGAUUUAACUUGAGACUUGCUCCUGAGGAGACGUCGAUUAAAUUGACAGGGUUUGAGCACAAUGCGGUAACCUGUAUAGGUAUGAAGACAAACAUACCGGUGAUAUUGGAUGAGGCCAUAGCCAAACUUAAACCAGAUUUCUUCUGGUUGGGUGGUGGAGAAAUCGAUCUGAAGCUCGGUGUCAAAACUUCUGAAUUCCUUGAAUUUGUGAAACCGUUCAUAGUUCCUUGUAGCUGAAAUCAAGAAUAUUUGUAACACUAUUUUUUCUCCCUGUUAUCAAAUGUUACACUUAGCAUAAGAUUUUAGCU